CGCGACCGCCAGCAUCAACCAUCCGAACCAUCAAUCCUCUUCUUGAACCCGAAUAAAAUAUAACCAAUCAGCAAAAAUGAUUAUUCCUAUUCGUUGCUUUUCUUGUGGCAAGGUCACUGGCGAUCUCUGGGAGCGCUACCUGCAGCUCAUCUCUGACCCCCGAAAGAACGAUGGUGAUGCUAUGGAUGAGCUCGGCUUGAAACGUUACUGCUGCCGUCGCAUGAUCAUGACCCACGUCGACCUCAUUGAAAAGCUCUUGAAAUAUACCCCUGACGGACGAAGUGAGAUCAAGCAGCGACUUAACGAACUGGCAUAACGGACCAACGGACGGCAAAUUCGGGAGCGUGUAUCAUUUCACGGCGUUUUAAUUCUUCUUUGUUUUGUGUUUACGGAAAAGUCGGCUACAGAAAAGCCAGUAUACUACCAUUGAAUGAUAAACUUUAUAUGACAACACCAUCGUUUCUUGAUACGUUGCAAUCUCGCCAAUC